AUGGUCCUUACGGAGGCCCUGGUGGCCCUCCUCCAGGUCCGCCCAGAAGAUGGGAGGGAUCUGGCCCUCAUGGUCCCCCUCCACCAGGCCCCCGUAAUGACCCUCGUGGCUGGGGUGGUCCUGAUCCUCGUGGUCCUCCUCCCCCCGCCUGGCCCUCCCGAAGGCCCUCGUGGCUGGGAAGGCCCUGGCCCUUAUGAUCGUCCUCCCCCGCCAGGCCCCCGUGAUGACCCUCGUGGCUGGGAAGGCCCUGUCCCCCGUGGCCCUCCUCCUCCAAGCCCACCCGGAAGAUGGGAAGACCCUGGCUCUCGUGGCCCUCCCCCGCCUGGCCCUUAUGAUGCCCCUCCCACACCCGGCCCCCGUGGAGGCCCAGGUGGUUGGGGUGGUCCUGACCCUCGUGGUCCCCCUCCACCUGAUCCUCGUGAAGUUCCUGGUGGCUGGGGAGGCCCUGGUCCCCAUGGCGGGCCUUAUGGUAGACCGCAUGGUGGAUGGUAA